AUGGCUGCUAAAUGCAGCUAUCGCUUAUUCAAGUUGUAUUUUAUCAUCGCUUUAGUCUUAAUAACGUCCUCCUAUGCUAUAGAAAGUCAAGAACAAUUCUUUAAAAGAGGACAUACUAAUAAUUGGGCUGUUUUGGUGUGUACUUCGCGCUAUUGGUUUAACUAUCGUCAUAUUGCAAAUACAUUAUCCAUCUAUCGCAGUGUUAAACGUUUGGGUAUUCCAGAUAGCCAAAUUAUCCUCAUGCUCGCUGAUGAUGUUGCUUGUGAUCCUAGAAACUCCAAGUCAGGUACUGUAUAUAAUAAUGCCAAUCAACAGAUUAACGUUUAUGGGGACGACAUUGAGGUUGAUUAUAGAGGCUAUGAGGUCACCGUGGAGAACUUAGUUCGAGUUUUAACCGGUCGACUGCCUGAUAGUGUACCUAGAUCGAAGAGGCUACUAACAGAUGAACGUAGUAAUGUAUUAGUUUAUAUGACUGGUCAUGGAGGCAAUGGAUUCUUAAAAUUUCAAGAUGCCGAAGAAAUCAGUGAUGUUGAAUUAGCGAACGCAUUCGAACAGAUGUGGCAAAAACGACGCUAUCAUGAAAUCUUUUUUGCUAUCGAUACUUGUCAAGCUGCAUCUAUGCUUGAAAAAUUUUAUUCACCUAACAUCUUGGGUGUUGCCAGUAGUCACGUUGGAGAAGACUCUCACUCGCAUCAUCAUGAUCCUGAAAUUGGCGUUGCCGUAAUUGAUAGUUGGACAUAUUAUACGCUGUCGUAUCUUGAAAGAGUUAAACCAACCAGCAAAGACAAAAUGCAUUAUUUACUGCAGUCCUUUGAUAGAUCUCUGGUAAUGUCAACCACCAAGAUACGAACUGAUCUAUAUAAAAGAGAUCUCACUAAGGUUCCCAUUACAGAUUUCUUUGGAAGUGUUAGAAACAUUGAAAUUGUAAAUGUUUCUGUUAGUGUCGAUGGGAGUAAAGAACUUAGGUAA